AUGGUGUUCACAAUUAGUAAAAAGGAUGUUCACUGUCAGGAAAGACAAUAUUCUCCGCAAAGAUCAGAUUCACAAUCAGAAAAGGGGAAGUUUGUAGUCAGUAAAAUGGAAGCUUACGAUUUGUGGAGAGUAGAAACAGUUUCUCUAUGUGCACGUUAUGAAAUCAUUGCACCAAUUCUUUACGCUAUUGAAAAAGCACAUUUUGCUCAGAAGACGUCAACCAGCAAUUAUCCCACACGUGCCAUGCCCAGUGCAGGCCUGGUACCAUUCAUACAAAAUUUCGCUUGCAAUCUUAACAAUCAAUGUGAAACCAAAGACAUUUCUCAGGAGGCUCAUGCUGCAGAAGACAGGGUAGAGAAAAUGGCUAGCAAAUUGGCACCGCUAUUCUCGGCUGGGAAGUCAACGUCAUCCUUGAAAAAUAUGGAGAGGAUCAUAGAUGCCUUGCAAAAUAUCAAAGGAGAUGAUAUUGAAGAUAUUCUGAUAAACUUAAAAGAGAUUCUAAGUUUAACUGGUUACAUUGGUCUGAAAGAAAUUGCCUGCAACGCAACAUUGCUGAACUCUUACAUCAUAUUUCCACAAAAUACCAACAUCUCUGCAGUGUCAGCAGCCAUUUGUGCCAUCAAUAGUUCCAUGAUACCAAAUAUAACUGAAACAGUUCAGCAACAUCUCAAUAUGAUCAAUAUUCUAAAAAAGGUUUCCCUUUUAAUGAAGCCUUAUGGUUGGUCUGAAGGUCUUUUUGAUCUUGUAACUAUGAUGGACACAUUUUUAAGUACCCCUACUGCCAAAUCCUUUUUGAAAGAUUUUAAAGGCUUGGGAAAUCUUGCAGAAGUUAUAAAGAAGUUACCUGAAUGGCUUUCGCACCUGCGAAAAUUCGAUGAUGUUGAUUUUGAAAGAAAUGAAGAAUUGCUCAAUAUGAUGGAGCCAUUUUUACUAUCCACUGCAUCCAAUGAAACACUUAAAUCAUGGGAACUUUUCAAAAGCGGUCUGAAUUUAAUUGAAAAAUUAUUUGAUAUCAUCAGUCCUGAUAUGCAGUACAAUUUAGAGUCAAUUAAAAUCAGCUUGAAGCAUCUCUUUGAUAAUUCAACACACAUUGUUAGAUCUCUUUUGAAUGAACUUAAUCUACCAAGUGAUGUAGUGGAGGAAAUCCUUGACAAAGAAAUCGCUGUACCAAGAUUAUUGGACUUCCUGAAUCUCCACAAUGAAACUGACAUUGAAGUAUUUCUCUGUGAAAAACCUGGACUUGACAACAUUCUUUCAAAUCCUACCUUGCUUAUCAAUUCUUCAAGCUAUGGACAUCUACGAACUGUGCAGCACAUUUUGUGUGCAAAUUUCACAAAGGCUCAAAUGGAAUUCUUGAACAAAUAUAUAGAUAUAUCCUCAAGCAAUGUCAAUCAGAAAAUUGUGCACCAUGCCAUUUCUGAAUUUCAAGAUGAUAUAAAGAACAUUAUAGCAACAUUCAAGAAUCUACCACCAGAGGUAGGGAAAUUCAUAAAUGCUGCAGCUUAUGCUGAAAUUGGUCAAAUUAUGACACUUUUGAUGACCUUUAAUGAGACCUCCAUUGAUGACAAUGUGGAUCAUAUCAGUGAAUAUGUUGUUGAGCAAUCAAGAAAAUAUUUUGACAAUGAUGAUGAAAUCCUACAUUCUGCAAAGAAUAUAUUACAGUUUGUUGAUAUAAUCUUGAAAUAUUUGAAAGGUUUGCCAAGUCUUCUCGAAAAGACUGAUAUGUUUGGCGAAGUAUUUGAAAAACUAGAUCCCUAUGACCCAGAUCUCUCUAAAAAGAUUCUUCAUGCUUUGAUGAAUGUAGAAAACAUGGAUAAGUUGAAAGAAGUAUCUUCAAUGUUUGGUAAAGUGUUUCACAAACUCCAGAAGCGUGAUGUAAAACAAGUUGAUAAUGGAAUAGAAAAAGAAUUAGCCAUGAAUCUGAAGUCUAUAUUUAAAAGCAUCGAGGAAAUGCAGAAAUAUAAACUAGAGACUUGGUUUCACCUUUUCUCAAAGAUUCAAGAUCCAAAGUUACUAAAGCUGAUCGAAGAAAGCGGCAUCCUAUCAAGUUUGGCAGUUCAAAUGGAAUCUGAUCCUCUCUGGAAAUACUUGGGACCUCCUAUGAAACUCAUUCAAAUGAGUAUAAAGAAAGUGAAUGAAAUUGUUUCUGAGCUUGAAGGUCUAAACAUUCAGUUUGAUGAACUACUGAUCUUUCAGUUUAACUAUGGCAUUGACAUUGUCCAAACUCUGCUUGUCCUUCUAGAUAAUCAACAGGUUAACUUUUUACUCCAAAAUGCAUCUAACCCUGAAGAAGUGGUGUGUUCAGAAAAUGGAUUAUUAAAGUCAUGGACCAUGUCUCCUGAUAUACCAGUUGAAAGUCUGGAGGCUAUUUUUUGUAAAUCAAACUUAACACGUCUGGUUUUGAAAUUGUCUUCUGUUACAGAAGUCUAUAUGAUGUUUGACAAUAUUAUGCAAUCAAGUACACCAGUUUCAUUGGAUUGGAAUGAUUUUGGUUCAGAUUUGAAAGAAUUUUUAAAAUCUGCAUCAGAUUUCAUGGAAGCAAGUAAAAACAUGAUGAAGUCAGGUCCUCAUUUUUAUGUAAAGAAGUUAAUGACUAUGUUGUAUGAGGAAAUGGAUAAAUUAAAUGGUGGAAACCAUCAAGCAGAAACGAUUAUUGAUGCUGCAACAAAGGCUGCUUUAUACACACUGAACAGUACUCUUGUUUCAUCCAGUGUGAAAGAACAGUUGAAACUAAAUCUGAUUAUUUUUGACAUUUAUUUGGAUGUUGUUCUAGAAUCUGCUAAGGAAAAAGGAGACCUAAGUGGCAUUUUAAAAAUGCUUGCCUAUGAAAUCAGUCAAUUAACACUAUUUUCUGACGACAUGCUUAAAAUACUGGGUUAUUCCAUUAACUAUUACCCUCAUAAGGUUCUUACAAACCUACUUCGGAUUCAUGGGCAACAAAUAUGUCAGAAUUUAAAAAUCUCUGAUAUCCUAGUGUUUCCACCUGAUUACAAUCAAUCAACAAUUAGUUUUUAUGAAAAUGCUUUCUGCAAUCUUAAUUGGACAGCAGUUACUGAAUAUCUCUCUAAAAACCCCAGAAUAGAAAAACUAUCUAUAGCUAUAUCAAGUCUAAAUGGAAAAACUACCCCACAUUUAAAUCUGAAUGUGACUAAAUUAUCCAUGAAAGCUAAGAAAUUCAUCAAAUUAUCACCCACAGCUGGAGGAUUAAAUAAUACUGCAGACCUUAUAGAGAUAUACCAUCUGAUAUUUUUGGAGCAGAUAAAAAACAUAUCACACAUGAAUAUUAGUAAUAUUGGGAAAAAUAACAGUGUUACAGAUUUGGCAUUAUUAUUGUUCAAACAUCUUAACAAUAACACAGAUAUAUUUCCUGGAGAAAGUACCAAAAAUAUGCAAAUAUUAUUUGCUGUUAUCAAGUUUUUUGAGUCACAUAUCAAUAAUAUGCAAGGGAAAAAAGAAAUUUACUUGAUGGAUUAUGUUAGCUCACCUGAGUUUUCCAAAAUGCUUAGAACAGCAAGAUUUUCUAAAAAGUCUACUGAUGCAUUAUUUGCAUGGCUGCAGAUUUUUAUUAGAAAUCCACAGACAAUGGUGAAGUUUUGGUUUGACAAUAUAGAACAUAUAUGUGACGAAAAAUUGUCUAAAACAUCACCAUCAUAUGAAAUGAAUAUUCAUACCAUUCUAUGUGAGGAACUUUUCUCUCAGACCAACGUUACCAAACUUAUGCAGGAACUUCAAAUAAAUUCACCAGGAUUUAAUACCCUCAUUUACACACUUAAAGACAUAAUAUACAACAAUGGUACAACAACAGUUGUAACUAAGACUGACUUUACCAGAAGCUUUGACAGCCUUACUACAAGUUUAAUGGUUUUAAUGCAAAAGCCACCAAGCAGUUCACCCAAGAAGUUUAGAAAUAUGUGGUCUAUGUUUAUGGAUAGAGUUUACAAUGAAUUGGAAGACAAAGAAAUUGCCAUGGACAAAAUACUGAAAAGCAUUGUGCCACUUAUGGAAAAGCAGAUGAAACCUUUCAUAGCAAAAGAUCCUCAAGUAUAUUACAUGAUGAUGAGUAAUGCUGAUGUACUCCUGAAAAAACUUGAAGCUACUCUACCAGAUGUUAAAGAGGGAGAAACCAAAAUGGAUUUUGAAGAAAUGUUUGGCAAAGAUACUGAAAUGCUGAGAAUGUACAAGAACAUGGAAGAUUUACCAAGUGUUGUAACAUCAGUAAUGUUUAACAUUUUAACUAACACUGAAAGUAAACCUAUCAUGGAAGUUUUAAGCUCUUCUUCUGUCCAAGAAAUGAGUGGCAAAAUUUGUAAUUUUGCUAACUACCAAAGAUUUGCAAUACCCACCUGUAUUUCGUUUGACUUGAACAAGUUCAUAAGAGUCAUGUGUCGAAUGGAUUACGACGCCCUUGAAAGUGAAAUGAAAAAUUUUCUGCCAACGGAUCGUGCUAUGCAAAUUGAUAUGCAGCCUCUAUCAAUUUCUCCAAAACCACCCAGUAUUUCUUCAAUGUUGACCACUGUAGAGAAUUUGUGGAAGAAAAUGAUGGCUAUGUCAACGGUUCCAAAUAGUAUGGACAUGUGGAAACCUUUAAGUCUAUGGAUGAAACAAAAACCACAAAUGGAUGCCAUGAUGCAAGAAUUUUUAGAUAUGUCUUCAAAUAUCUCUGACCUAGAAAGUUUUCAAUACAUAAAUUAUAUUCAUAAGAUGAUCAGUGAGAUCUUUGUAAGUCCAGAAGACUAUGAACAUGCUAUAAUACUUGAGGAACAAGUUUUGAAACUUGUCAACUUAAAUUUGGAGAGAAUUCUUACCGGUGACAAUAAAUUUGGCAUGCUCAUUUCUGAAAAUUCUGAACUUUAUAAGUUAAUAGUUAUGAUGAGCAAAUCAGAAACAUUCAUUAAAAUUCUAACAGAAGGCAUCGAAUCUGCUUUAGGAGAUCGUCACAGACUGGUAGCUAUGUUGAAUCUUGCAAACUGGAAGAAUAUGUGCAAUAAUAAAGCUAUAGUAUUGAUGUUUUUUCCUCAAGUAAAUUAUCAAGAAUUUUCUGAAGAUAUCUGUGGCAUGAUAUACAAAAAUAUCAACAUGACAGCACUAGAAAUUCAGGUUAAUGAAAGAAUCCUUGGAUUAAAUGACUUCUUAACAUUCCUCUCUGAUAUAUCUGAUGCAAACUACAAAGUCAAUUAUACAGCUGUGGCAGUACAGAACCUUAAAUUUCAGCAGCUGAUGUCUUAUUUUAUAAUGAAUUUUUCAUCAAUUUUUCCCAAAAUAAAAGAAAACUGGUCAGAUAGUAUGUUGGGCAGCAUACUAUAUGGAAGUCUGCUAGAAAAAUGGGGAAGUAUUGAUAAUGUCAUAAACAUUGUAAGCUCCACAGCAGUACGUCAAAUUGUAAAGAUCAGUCUCUCUAGAUAUGCCAAGACACCAGGCAUUAUACAAGAAUUCAACCACCAGCUGUUUGUCCAAUACAACAUUGUUAAAUUUCUCAAUUAUCAUCUUACUAAAAUAGAUGCUUCUUCAUCCUUUGAUUUAUUGGAUUAUAUCAAUUCUACUGAAUUAAUGAAAGUUGUCGAGAAUGCUGAAAAAAUUCCUGAUUCUGCGGAACUAUUACCAAAUUUCUUCCUGCAUAUGAUCAAGAACCAAGACAAUAUUAAAAAAGUAUUUGAUGAAAAUACUUGGAAAACAAUGUGUAGUGACAAAAAUAUGUUCUAUGAAAUGUUUAAUCCUUCCACCGUAUCAAUUGAUGACAUUGAUGAAGUAAGGAAAGCCGUAUGUGACACAUUAAUGAAUGGCAUUGAUAUUAAGAAAUUACAAAUGCAAGUGAUGGGAAAUGUUGCUGGUUUAAAAGAGCUCAUUGACACAAUUACAAGUACCAGCAGAAAUAAUUCUGAUUUGAUGCCAACUGAUUUUCAAAAGCUUACCCGUGAAAUUGAACAUCUACAGGAAUUAUUGACAUCUCUCACUAACAAAAGACUAGAUGUCCUUAUUGGUGGCGAUAAUCAAUGGUUCAAAGAAGAAAAAUACAAAGACAUCUUCCAAAAAUUUGAAAAAGAGUGGAAUUUUGCUGACACAAAUAUUUUGAAGGCUAGAUCUAUGAUGUUGGAAAAUUACUUGACUGUCAUUCUUAAUUCAAAUAUUUCUGAUGCCAAUCUCUUAAUAAUUAAAACCAAUCUUUAUCGACAACUGGCAAUCAUGAAAUUUAUCAACACCAGACUAGAACAAUUAACAAAAAAUGGCAAAUUUGAUCUUGAAAAGUACAUUGAUAAACCAUUGCUACAAGCUUUAGAACUGUUUGAAAACAAUUCAUUGAGUAUUGAAAGCCUUUUUGACAUACUUCUUGAGCUAGUAAGAAACCCUCUGGAGGUAACUAAUGUUUCAUAUAUUAUUUAUUUUCAUGCUUAAGUAUUCAACAGAUAA